AUGGCGUUAGCUACUAAUCAAAUUAAUUCAUCAUCAUCAACAAGCAAUUCCACCGCAGUUGAUGAUGUCUCCAGUCCAUAUUAUCUCCAUCAUUCUGAUAAUCUGGGACUUGUGCUUGUGUCACAACUUCUUACUGUGUCGAAAGAGAUCUCUGCAAGUGUGAUUUAUUCUAAAUCUGCCCACGAUAUAUGGAUCGAUUUGAAGGAAAGGUUUCAACAGAGGAAUGGGCCUCGCAUAUUCCAACUAAGGCGUGAGUUGAUGAACCUCACUCAGGUGCAAUUAUCUGUUGGUGUGUUUUUCACUAAAUUGAAAACAAUUUGGGAGGAAUUAAGCAACUAUAGACCAAUAUGUUCUUGUGGAAAGUGUUCUUGCGAUGGAAAUAAGAAGCUCUCAGAACAUUAUCAGAUGGAGUAUGUCAUGAGUUUCUUGAUGGGGUUGAAUGAUACAUUUGCACAAGUUAAGGGUCAGCUACUGUUUAUGGACCCAAUGACUUCCAUUAACAAGAUAUUUUCCCUUGUAUCUCAAGAAAAGCACCAGCGCAAUAUAAGUAUCAAUGCUGGUAUCUCGAACACUGGAGACUCAAUUGCUUUCUAUGCUAAAAUUGAUCCAAAGAAAGGCAGCUCAGGAUAA